GAGUGUUUCGUUUUAGAUUUUCUGUUAAAAAUGAAUUCUAAAAAACACACGUUUUUGACAUUGAAGCCAAAAGCUGAUAUUCUCGAUUCUUUAAAAAGAGGCUCAUCUAUGACGUUCUUAGCAAAGAAAUAUAAUGUUGCUAAAUCAACAAUUUGUGGAAUCAAAGCAAGAAAACAAAUGAUUUUAAAGUUCGUGAACAACACGUACUCGGGACCUGGACAAAGAAGAACUCUGCGUCCUUCAGAGCUGCAUAAAAUGGAGGAAGCUCUUUAUCGUUGGUUUAUCAAAAUGCGGAAUAAAAACUGGCCAGUAAGUGCCUUAAUGCUGAAAGAAAAGGCCAAAGUACUGCAUGCACAAGUAAAGGAAAAUGAAUCUAACUUCAACGCUAGUGAUGGAUGGCUUCAAGGAUUUAAAAAAAGGUACGGUAUUCGACUGCUGCAAAUAUCAGGCGAAAAACUAUCCUCGCUGCCUCAGCUCGUGGAUCCAUAUAAGGAAAAACUUAGAGCUAAAAUGGCCGAACUGGAGCUGUGUAACGACCAGUUAUAUAAUGCUGAUGAGUCAGACUUAUUCUGGAAACUUCUGCCAGAAAAAAUGUACGUGUCCAGUAUGGAAAAGAGAGCCCCAGGCGUUAAGUCGGAAAAACUUUUAUGUUGCUCAAACGCCACUGGAUCUCAUAAACUGAAACUUUUGGUAAUUGGAAAGGCAAAGAAUCCACGCUGCUUUAAAAACUUUCAAUGCCCCACAGACUAUAAGAGCUCAAAAUCCGCCUGGAUGACGUCGGCUGUUUUCAAGGAAUGGUUUCAUGCGUCCUUCGUUCACAAGGUAACGUCAUUUUUAAAGGAGAAAGGUUUGCCAAUCAAAGCUCUACGCCUAAUCGACAACGCUCCUUCUCACCCAAAUGAAGCUCAGCUGGCAACGGAGGAUGGACAAAUUCUGGCAAUGUUUAUGCCACCAAACGUUACUCCCCUCAUCCAACCAAUGGAUCAAAAUGCCAUAAAGAUCACAAAGUUGCAUUACAGAGACAGCCUUUUAGCCUCAUUAGCAGCUACAAACUCCAAUUUACUCGAUUCGAUUAAAAAAAAUUACUUUACGAAGAGCUAUAAAUCUUUUGGAUGCCGCUUGGAGUCGUGUCAGCGAAGUAACAUUAGCUAAUUGCUGGAAAAUUUUUUUAAAUUUUACGGCAGAUGAUGACGAUCCCGAAGAUAGUUGUUCGUUUUCGCAGAAUCGCACAAAGAUAUGCAGGUUAUUGAAAAUGAUUUUCUUAUUAACCAUUUCAGGCUGAAUUAACGCUACCAGACGUUCAUGAAUGGAACGAAGAUAUUGAAGAUGAUAAUGCAAAUGAAGAGCAUGAAAAAGAACACGAUUCCGAUGAAGGCAGCGUAUCGGAGGUAGAGGAGAAAAUUAAGCGGACUGAAGCAGUUGAAAUUUUCAAGAAGGCGAUAAGGUGGGCUGGUCAUGAAGACGUCGAUCCAAAUGAUGUAAAUGUAUUAAGACGUCUAAGAGAGAAAGCUGUGCUCCAACUUUUAGAAACACAGAAGAUACAGAAAAGGAUGACUGAUUUUUUCAAAUAAAACCUAGAUUUUGUAUAAUAUGUGUUAUGUAAAAAUGUAUAUGUAAUG